CAGGGUCUUAAAGGUACUGGCAUCAAGAUUUUGGACUCAUUAAGACUUUUAAGACACAAGCCAUUUCUGAUCUUCUUGUCUGUCUGCUUUUUAUGGUCGUUUGGUGAGUCACCAGUCAUGAUCUACCUGCCGUCUUAUGCUGUUAGCCGUGGUACCAGUCAAAUACAAGCAUCAAUGCUCUAUACAGCGAUGGGUGCAGGUUCAAUUACUGGGCGCUUCUUAUCUGGUUUGACAGCAUCUGAUAGUAACAUAGGGCCUGCCAUUAUUUACUCAGGCUGCCUAGGUAUAGCUGGUUUUUUGAUUGUUCUGAGCCCUUUCAUUACAUCAACCUUCUCGCAGCAAGUGGUAUUUUCAUGUCUAGCUGGAAUCUACACAGGAUCUUUGGUGCCAUUAUCAUCCCUAAUCGUUAUUGACAUGUUGGAGAUGAGGGAACUCGGAACAGGUUUUGGAUUGAUCAGCAUGGCUCAAGGAAUGGGCAGUCUCAUGGGGCCACCACUAGCCAGUUUAUUUGUCACAACAUAUGGCUACAAGAACUUAUUUGUGUUUUCAGGUUUUUCCCUGUUGACUGGCAGCCUGCUAGCAUUGCUGAUGUCAGCAUUUAUUGAGAAUACAGAGGACAUGGAACUAGAGGAUCAACUUCAGAAGUCUAAGCUAGAGAACGAAUUGAAGAAAAUAACCAACACUGAGAGCAAUCAAGAGAAUGGGUUUCACUGUGAGGAGAAUAUCAACAAAGAGGUGAUAGAAUCCUCUAGAAUGAUGAAAGCAAAUGGAACCGUAUCUGAAAGCAGCAGAGAUAUGGCAGAUGGUCAUCAACACUAUUCUAAGGAAGAAAAAUUAGGAACAAUACUGGAAAUUUCUGGAAAAUGA